UCCAUAUCAGGUUGUGGAAAGAUUAGACGAUCUUCAUUACCUCAUCAAAAUUAAUGAAAAAGAUAAGAGUCAUUCACCACGACCGACUAAAAAAGUAUGUUCCAAAAGUCGAAGAAAAAUCUCCUAAUGAACUUGAAGCAACUGGAGAUGUUGAAACUCCAGGGGCGGGUGUUGAUGAACCUGUCCAGGUCACGGGAAAGAGGGGCAGGGAACGCAAGAAACCAGGGUGGCUAGACGAGUAUGAGACGUAUAAGGGUCACUUAGGAGAAGAGUCAGGCCGAAUAGUUUAGAUAUAUAUACGAUAUUAUACUUUAUAACCAUAUUAACCACCAUUGUAACGACAAGUGCCUUUAGAGCCGCUCGGGUGUAAAAGUUUACACAGGAGGGGAGAGAAGGGCAGGAUUCCAAAUGAAUGUAUUUUGUUUCUUUUCAGGAGUGCAAGGAACAGAUUCCACCACCCGCAGGUUGGAGCCGCGGGAGACCUUACCUAUGUUGGAAAGUAUUUGAAUCAGAGGCAGCUAGGGAUGUGCACAUUGCUUGUGCCCAUCGUCCGACGGAAGAGUGUGGGGUCGGUGGGUGUGGGGCAAGCUACUGCCCGAAUGAUGUGGAACGUUUACGGCUGCAUCGCUUGAGGCAGCAUGACAUGUCGCUCAAGGAUGUAGAAGCACCUCCCCACAAGAGUACUCAGGAACAUUGCCCUGGUGAGCAGCCCUAAACCAGUCUCCUCAGCUGCUACUGUGACCUCAGC